AUGGAUUAUAAAAAUAAAUAUCAAAGUAAUGAAAAUUGUAAUAAAGUUGCAAUAAUCGGAAUAGGUUUUAGAUUUCCAAAUUUAAAAGGUGAUUUAACACCCAAUGGAUUAUGGAGUCAAUUAUUAAAUAAGUAUGAUGGAAUUGUUAAAAAUGAUAGAUGGAAUGAAAGUUUUUAUAAAACAGGUGAUAUUCCAACAAAAUAUGCUGGAUUAAUACCAUUUGAAGAAUUGAAAUCAUUUGAUCCAUUAUUUUUUGGAAUUAAUCCAUCGGAAGUUAUUCACAUGUGCCCACAACAAAGAAUUUUAUUAAAAUGUACUUGGGAAGCAUUAGAAGACUCUGGAAUUGAUCCAAUUGAAAUUCGUGAUUCCAAUACUUCGGUUUUCCUUGGUUGCAGUAAUUUUGAUUAUCAAAAUUUAAAUAAAAAUAAUAAUAAAAUUCAACAAAACAUUUUCGCUUCAUCUUCUCAUUCUGUAUCAAAUCGUAUCUCUUAUUGUUUUGAUUUACAUGGUGAAUCAAUGACAAUUGAUACUGCAUGUUCAUCAUCAUCAAAUGCAAUCAGAAGAGGUUAUAAAUCAAUUAUUGAUGGUUCAAGUAAUAUUUCUGUUGUUGGUGGUAUUAAUAUUUUAUUAGAUCCAAACACAUCAAAAUCAUAUUCACAAUUAAAUAUGUUAGGUAAAGAUGGAAAAUGUAAAACAUUUGAUGCUGAUGCAGAUGGUUAUGUUAGAUCAGAGUCUGCAGGUAUUGCAAUUUUGAAGAAUUUAAAUGAUGCAAUCAAAGAUGGUAACAAUAUUUAUUGUGUAAUUGAUGGUUCAGCAUCAAAUGUCGAUGGUAAUGGAUUUUCAGAUAAAUCAAAUUUUUAUUCACCUUCAAAAUCAUCACAAGUUGAAUGUAUUCGUUUGGCAUUGGAAUCUACAAAUGGGGGAGUCAAUGAAAAUGAUAUCGUUUAUUUUGAAGCUCAUGGCACUGGUACACCAACUGGUGAUCCAAUUGAAUUGGAAAGUGUUUCAAUAGCUUUGAAAACCAGUGAAAAUCGUUCAUCCAAUAAUCCAUUAUUAAUUGGUUCAUUUAAACCAAAUAUUGGCCAUAGCGAAUGUGCAUCCGGUAUAUCAUCAUUAAUUAAAUGUUGUUUAAUUUUAAAAAAUCAAUGUUUUGUUCCAAAUAUAAAUUAUAAUAAACCAAAUCCAAAUAUUAAAUUUAAUCAAUGGAAUUUAAAGGUUGUGACAGACCCAAUAGAUUUUUCUACUUUAAAAUUAUCAAAUAAACCAAUUUCAAUUGCCAUUAAUAAUUUCGGUGUUACUGGUUCAAAUUGUUGUUUAAUUGUAUCAAGUUUCAAAGGAAAUCAAACUAAUAAUAAUAAUAAUAAAUCAAAAUCACCAAAACAAUAUUUAAUCCCAUUUUCAACAAAUUCAAUUAAAUCAUUAGAUUUAUAUAAAUCAAGAAUUGAUAAUAAUGUUGAAUUUAAAGAAUUUGCAGAAAAUCAAAUAAAAUCAAAAUCUAAAAAAUUAAUUCAACGUUCAGUUGCCAUUGCAAGUAAUUGGGAUGAAUUUAAUUUAAAAUCAAACACUAUCAAUACAUCAAAUGAUAAAUUAACAUCAAAUAUGUUAGUAUCAUCAAAUAAAAAGAAUGCAACAAUGGUAUUUGUAUUCUGUGGUCAAGGAGCUCAAUAUUCAACAAUGGCAAAGAAUUUAUAUGAUAAUGAACCAAUUUUCAAAAAAUCAAUGGACAAAAUUGAUUCAAAAUUAAGUGAAUAUUAUGGAUUUUCAAUUUUAGAAAAAUUAAGAUCAUUUAAUGAAAAUGAUUUAAAAGGUAUUCAAUAUUCAAUAAUUGCACAACCAUCAACUUGUAUGGUACAAAUUUCAUUAUUUGAAUUAUACUGUCAUUGGGGUAUUAAACCAUCAAUUAUCGUCGGUCAUAGUUUAGGUGAAAUUUCAUCAUCAUAUUGUUCUGGUAUGAUUGAUUUAGAUACUUUUUGUUAUUUAAUUUAUCACAGAUCAAUGGUACAAUCAAAAACAAAUGGUCUCGGUAGAAUGUUAUCAAUUUCAAUUGGCGAGAAUGAAUAUAAUUCAAAAUACUCUUCAAGAUAUCCAGAAUUAGAAAUUGCAUGUUACAAUUCACCAUCAUCAAUUGUUAUUGCUGGUAAAGAAUUAAUCUUGAAUGAAAUUAUUAAAGAAUUAAAACAAGAUGGUGUAUUUUGUACAAUAUUAGGUUCUCCUACUUCAUUCCAUACCUCAAGUCAAAUACCCGUAAAAGAUGAAAUUUUAAAAAUUUCAUUCAAAUCAAAACAAUCAACCUAUCCAAUUUUCUCAACAGUUACAACAAAUUUAUAUGAUGAAAUGAAUCCAUUUGAUACCAAAUAUGUUUAUGAUAAUAUCAUUAAUCCUGUAAGAUUUACAAAUACAAUUUCAAAUAUUUAUAAACAUAUUGAAUUAAAUUAUUCAGUUAAUAAUAAUAGUAAUGAAAUUAUAUUUAUUGAAAUUGCACCACAUCCAACUUUAUCAUUUUAUUUAAAACAAAUGGUACCAGAGGAUAAAAAACAAUCAGUUUCAAUCUUUUCACCACUUUCAAAAAAGAAAUCAAAUGAUUUAUUUGAAAUUCAAAAAUUAAUUUCAGAAUUAUAUUGUUUGGGUUAUAAUGGUAUCGGAUUUAAUAUUCAAUUAUCUAACCUAAAUGAAAAUGAUAAUAUUCAAACUUCAUUAAGUUUACCAUUAUAUCAAUGGGAAGAACAAGAAUAUUGGAAACUUGAUAGUCUCUAUCAACAUCAUCUUUCAAAUGGUCCAUCAAUCAAUCAUCUUGGUAUUUCAAAUUCAAAUCAUACACCAUAUAUUAAAUCAUAUCAAACUCAUAUUGAUAUUCAAAAGAAACCAUUCCAAUGGUUAAAAGGACAUCAAAUUAAAGGAAAGUAUUAUUUCCCAGGUUGUGGUUACAUUGAUAAUAUUUUAAAAAUAUUUGGUGAUAAUAGUGAAUCAACAACAAACCCAAAUAAAGAGUUACCAGAUAUAUUAAUUAGUUUUAUUGAAUUUAAAACUCCAUUGAUUUUUAUGGAUGGUGUCAAUCAAUGUUUACAAACCAACAUUCAUUCAACUGGUAAAAAAGAAUAUAAAGCAUUAUUCCAUUUUAAAGAUGAAAAAUCAUCAAGCGAUUGGGUACAAACAUCAACUGCAAAUUUCCAAUUAUUUUCAAGAGGCCAAGGUUUAAAUGAAGAUGAUGAAGAAUCACUAUUUAAAUAUAAUAUAAAUGAUUUAAUUUCAAAUCAAUGUAACCUUACAAAAUUAUCAAAACAAGAAUUAUAUUCUCAUAUUAAAACAAAAUGUGGUUUAAAUUAUUCUGGUGAUUUCCAAAGAGUUGAGAAAUGUUAUUUUGGAAAUAAUUGUUCAUUAUCUGAAUUAUCACUAAGCCAAGGUGUUAAUGAAAAUAGAUCAACCUUUUUUGAUUCAUCAAUUAUUGAUUGUUGUUUACAUGGUUCAAUUGGUUUAAUUGAUGAGAAUUGUCAAUUGGUAUUUGAAAAACUUGAAGGAUUAACCUAUUAUUCAUCAAAAGUUCCAACAACCACAAGUCAACAUUCUAAAAUAUAUGUUUAUUCAAAAUUAAAACCAAGAAUUGGUGAUUCAUAUUCUGCAUCAAUUAUUGUAAUGUUAGAAAAUGGUACUGUUUUAUUUGAAAUGGAAAACGCAUCAUUUAAAUCAACUACAAAAAUUAAAGAUUCAUUGGCAAUGGAAUAUCCAACAAAUGAAAUUUAUUCAUGCUAUCUUCAAUCAAAAGAUUCAUUAAUUCCAUCACUAUCAUCAUUUGAUCAUAUUUUCAAAAGAAAAAUAACUGAUGAAUAUGUUGACCAAAUUAAAAUUUAUGAAUCAUUUAUUCCAAAAUUAUUAUUUUCAAAUAUCAAUAAAAGAUGUCCAGAAAUUACAAUUGCUGAAAUUCAAUCAAGUGAAAUUGAACAAUUAUUAUUAAAAUAUUAUAAAAUUAAAGAAGAUAAUGAUAAUAAAUGGCUUUCAAGAUUAUUUACAUUUGCAUUUGAAUCAAUAAAACAAUGGUACCAUAAUGAAGAUUAUGAUUUUGAAAAUGUUUUAAGUCCUCAUAAUUUUAAGAUAUUCUCAAAGUCAACAAAGAUAAUUUCAAAGUUAUUAUUCCCAUUAGAAAAUGAUAAUGAUGAAGAUUCACCACAAUCAUUAUUCGAAGGCGGUUUAUUAGAUAAAUUCUAUUCAAGUGGUUUUUCUGCUCAAAAUGAAUUGGUGGGUGAAAUCAUUCAAGAAUCCAUCAAACCAAUAUUAAAUGAAAAAUUAGUAUUUAGAAUAUUAGAAUUUGGAGGUGGUGUUGGAUCAUUAUCAUUAUUAGUACUUGAAAAAAUCAAUUCAUUAUUAAUUCAAUAUCCAAAUUAUCAAAUUGAUAUUGAAUAUACAUGGUCAGAUAUAUCACCAUCUUUUAUUACCGAAGCAAAAGCUAAAUUUGAAAAGUUUAAUGAUAGAGUUAAUAUAAUUUAUAAAGCAUUAAAUUUAGAACAACCAUUGAUUGGUGAAAAACAAGGAUUGAAACCACAAUACUUUGAUUAUAUAAUUAUGUUUAAUGUAUUACAUGUCAUUAAAGAUGUUAAAUAUGGUGUUGAACAAAUUUAUCAAUUAUUAGUACCAAAUGGUCAUUUAUUAUUCAUUGAACCAAUUUAUAAAUCAAUUGUAGGUGAUGGUAUUUUUGGUGUUUUUGAUCAAUGGUGGUCUUUCCAAGAUACUGAAAUUAGAAAAGAUAGAUGUUGUAUGAAUCAACAAACUUGGUAUAAGUUAUUAAAAUCAGUAAAUUUUAAUGAUGAUAUUAAAAUGACACCAGAAUUAACAUGUUUUGUAAUUCAAGCACAAAAACCAUCAAUUUCAAAUCUUUCAUUUUCAAAAUCUGAAACCACAAAUUAUAAUAAUAUUAUUGUUUUUGGCAAUAAAGAUGAUUCAAACUUAUCAAAUAAUUUUAUAAAAUCAAUUGAUAAUGGAAAUUUACAAUUUAUAUCAACAAUUGAAGAGUUUAAUAAAAUGACAAAAUAUAUUUCAAAUGAAUCAAUUAUUUACUUCAUUAAAUCAAUUGAUGAAUUAUCUGUUGAUAAUUUCGUAAACAUUACACAUGAAUAUACUCAAAUCAAUCAAAAAUUAAUGGAAUUGAAUAGUAAAUGUAAGCAUGUUUUAAUUACAAAUGAUUCGACAACAACCAAUUAUUUAAGUUCAUCAUUAAUUGGUGCUGCAAGAUAUUAUCAUGAAUGUCCUUUAGAGUUGUUUAUAUUAAAUUUCGAUACCCCAUCAAUUAUUGAAAAUCAAAAUUUAUUUAAAACAAUUGAACCAUUAAUUAAUUCAUCAAUUAAUAUACAAAGAGAGUUUAUAAUUAAUAAUCAUAAGGUUUAUUAUGAAAGAAUUAAAAAUGAAACAAAAUUAAAAUCAAUUUUCAAGAACUCAAGUUCAUUUGAAUCAUUAGAACAAGUUGAUAACUUUAUGAUAUCAUUAACACCAAAUUUAGAAUAUAAAGUAAAAGUAAAACCAACAUCAAUAUUAAAAGAAAAUGAAGUUGAAAUUAAAGUAAUGUCAACAGGUUUAAAUUAUAAAGAUUAUUUAAUAUAUGCAGGUUUAGUAGAGAGUGUUGAACCAAUUUUCGGUAUAGAGUUUUCUGGAAUAAUUACUAAUAUCGGAAGUGGAAAUAAAGAAUUUAAAGUUGGUGAUAGUGUUUAUGGUACUGGAAAAAGUACAACAUCAUCUCAUAUUAUUACAGAUAUUGAUGUAAUAAGUCAUAAACCAUCAAACAUAUCUCAUUCAGAAGCAUCAUCAAUUCCAGUUGUUUAUUUAACUUCAUAUCAUUCACUUUAUAAUAUUGGUGCAUUAAAAAAUAAUGAAACAAUAUUAAUUCAUUCUGCAACUGGUGGUGUUGGUUUAUCAACUUUAGAAAUAUUAAAAUGGAAAGGCCAUUCUGGUUUAAUUUUUGUAACUGUUGGUUCAAAUGAAAAAGAAGAGUAUUUAAGAGAAAAUUAUGGUGAUAUGAUUUCAGGUAUAUAUUCAACAAGAAAUAAAAAUUUCGUUAAACAAAUUAAAUCAAAAAUUAGUAAAUUAAAUCCAUUUGGUAAAAGUGGUGUUGACUUUAUAUUGAAUACAUUAUCAUCAAGUGAUUAUAUGGAUUCAAAUUUCAAAUGUUUAAAUAUGAGUGGUAGAAUUGUUGAUUUAUCAAUUACUCAUUUAAAUUCAAAUGAAUUUACUGAUAAUAAGAAAUUUAAAUAUAAUUAUGGUUAUCAUAAUAUUGAAUUACAAUAUGUUGAUAAGAAAAUUAUAAAAUCAACAUUAUCAAUAAUUUCAAAUGCAGUUUCAUCAAAUGAUUUACAAUUAAUCCCAAUUACUGAGUAUUCAAUUGAAAAUGUUAAAGACUCAAUUGAAUUUAUAAAUGAAAGAGUUCAUAUGGGUAAAAUUGUUGUCGAUCAUGAAAAUCAAGAUUCAAUAAUUAAUGAAUUAAUUGAAAAACAAAAAUCAAUUGAUAAAUUUGAUCAAUCAAUUUUUAAACAAAAUUAUAAACUUGAACCAUCAUUAUUAGGUAAAAACAUAUUAAUAACAGGUCAAUCAGGUAUAGUUUUAGAAAUUUUAAAAUGGAUAUUAAGAAAUUCUGAAAAUAAUUCAAUUGACAAUAUAAUCAUUUUAUCAAAAUCAUCAAUUAAAUGGGAAAUGGAAUUAUUAAUUAACAAGACAAAGUUACUAAAUUCAAAUUCAAUUAAUAGUAUGGGUAAUUAUUUAAAUAAAAUUAAAUUCCAUUUCAAGAGUGUUGAUAUUAGUGAUUCUGGAUUAACAGAUAAGGGAAUUCAUGAAUUAUUAAUUGAAAAUCCAGAUAUUAAUAAUAUCGAUUCAAUAUUCCAUUUCGCAUACACUCAAGCCACUUGUAAUUCUGAUGAAGUUGAUUUACAUCAUUUAACACAAUCUCAUAGUGCAAAAUCAAUGGGUGCAAUUAAUUUACAUAAUCAAUCAAUUAAAAGAAAUUGGAAAAUAAUCAAUUUUAUAAUGUCAUCAAGUAUAACAAGUAAAACAAGUUCUGCAAAUCAAUGUGGUUACAUCUCAUCUAAUAAUGUUUUAGAUGCUUUAUCAAAAUAUAGAAUUUCAAUUGGUUUACCAACAAUUUGUACAAAUUAUGGUUUAAUUCAAUCAACAGGUUUCGUUUCAAGAAAUGAAAGUGUUGCAGCAUUAUUAAGUGGUGAAGGUCUUUUACCAAUAUCAACCAAUUUAAUUUUAGGUACAUUGGAUUUACAAUUACAAAAUCAAGCACAAUCAUCAAAUUUAAUUUUAUCAAAUUUCAAUUUCACCUCGUUGAAUGGAUUACCUCAAAAAUCAUUAAUAUCUAAAUUUGAUUACCAAAUUAAUAUAAAUGAAGAAAAUGAAAAAUCAAAAUCAUUAUUAAAAGAUGACAAUGUUGAAUUAACUGUUGACCAAUUAAUAACAUUUAAAAUUUCAGAGUUAUUAUCAACUGAUAUUUUAAAACUUAAUAAAGAUAUCAUUUUAGUUGAUUAUGGUGUAGAUUCUUUAGUUAUCAUUCAAUUAAAGAAUUGGGUAGAUAAAGAAUUUUCAAUUCCAAAUGCAUUAACAAUUCAACAAGUCCAAAAUAGUACAAUCAAUUCAUUUAUUCAACUUGUUAAAAAUUCUAUUGAUAAAAAAAAUAAAAAAUAA